AUGUCCACAGAUUCGAAACCACAGCAAUAUGAACAAUUCUUCCGCUAUACUAGUGGGAGGUGGCUAUGGAAUGAAGAGAAGAAGCUUCGUGAGAGAUAUAUGAAGUUCAAUGUUAAAGAACUUAAGCGCAUUACAGCCGAGAGCAUUGGUGCGAAGUCUUGUGUCUCAAUGAUCAAGCUGGCCGAAGGUGGAUACAACAAGGUCUUCAAGCUGAUAAUGGACAAUGGUUCUGUUGCUAUUGCACGCAUACCAUGUCCCAAUGCUGGUCCAGCAUUUAAGACCACCGCUUCUGAGGUUGCAACUAUGGAAUUUGCCAGAACUAUUCUCAAUAUACCGGUUCCUAAGAUCCACGCCUGGAGUGCGGUGACAGAUAAUCCCGUUCAAGCAGAAUAUAUUGUAAUGGAAGAGGCCCCUGGAAUACCGCUAGCAGAUAUAUGGGAAGAUAUGGAACUUCAGUCGAAAGAUAAAGUCAUCGAAGACCUGGUAGCUAUUGAGAAGAAGCUACUCUCGGUGUCCUUCACCUGGUAUGGCAACAUUUACUUUGCAAAAGAUUCGUUCCCUGGAUGUGAAAAAGCAGAGCUUUCUAGUGAUGUUUCUGUAGAAUUGAAAAAUGAGGUAGAAGAGCGAUUCACAAUUGGUCCAGUGGUAGAGCAUGUGUUUUGGAGAAAGGAGCGAGCAUCAAUGUCAAUUGAACGAGGCCCUUGUAAGCCUCCAAGGAAGAAAACUGCUCAUGAUUAUCUUAAAGCUCUAGCCAAUAACCAAAUCAAGUGGUUGAGUCAACAUACGGUUCGGGAACCGCCAACAGACAUAUUCCACAAAUCGGAUGCUCAGAAUUCUCCUGACGUUCACGUCGCACUUUACAAGAAAUACCUAGGCAUCUCUCCUUACAUUUUCCCAAAAGAUGAGAGGAUGACUCGCUCCACUCUUUGGCAUUGGGAUAUGCAUACCCCAAAUUUCUUUGUGAAAGAUGACCGAAUUACCAGCCUCAUUGAUUGGCAAUCUACAUGGGCUGGCCCUCUGUUCCUUCAAUACCGCUAUCCGAAGCUUGUCAAUUACACUGGCGAAGUGAUGUUGAGACUUCCUGGGGACUACAAGGACAUGGAAAAGAGCAAAAAAGAUCCGGUCGCAAACCAGGUUGAGAGAUCUCUUGUGCAAUAUCUAUAUAAGACAGAAACCAAGAAACAGAAUCCGUUGCUUGUCGAAGUCAAUGAUGUCCCUCAUGGGACGACAAGAAGACAGACGAUCGAAUUCGCUGAGGAUACUUGGGAAGGAGAUAUUUUACCCUUCAGGCAGUGUCUUAUCAGAUUAGAAAGGCAUUGGGAUGAAAUGGGGUUUGAUGUUCCUUGCCCUAUCCAUUUUACCGAGGAAGAUAUACAGAAUCAUAUGCGAGACGGCGAGGGAUGGAACGAGCAGGCCGAUUUCUGGGAUGGAUUAGAAGGUUUUGUUGCCCGUGAUGGGUGGACCUCGAAUGAGACGUAUAAAGAAGCCCUCGAGAUGUUUGCUGGACUCCGAGAGGAGGGACUGAAGCAAAUGACUGGUGAGGAGAGGAAGGAUUUUAAGAAGCAGACCAGGUGGGCUAAGAGAAUGACAAUGGCACUUGGUUAGAUUGGCUCGAUGCUACCACUUCUUUAGAGUCUAUUUUGUAAUUCAAUCGAGGCGCUGGCUC